AUGGCCCUCCCACGCCCCCGUCAAGUCUUUGUGCUGCUGCUCGCCGCUGUUGUUGUGACAAGCUCGCUCAUCAGCAAUGCACAGGCGAAAUCCGAAAGCAUUUCGUUCGGCGGGUACACGGUGUAUGACAACGGAACGAUUGUGGACGCCAGUGGUGCGGCUGUGACCCCUACCGUAAAGGCCGAUGAAUCUGUCAGCAUCGGGGGAUAUACUCGCUACAGUAACGGCACUGUCACGGAUCCCAAUGGCAGUGUGAUUCUUGCUGUGCGCUCCGGUAGCUAUGUUAUUGGCAGCACGAUCAUGUAUGAAAAUGAUACCUUCACAGACCUUAGUGGGAACGUGGUUCGUCCUGUUUGGAACGGGCCUUACUCGGUGACUGCCGGAGAUCUGACUCUGUGGGGUAAUGGUACUGUCACCAGUACCAAAAGCGGCGUAGUCAUUCACACUGGUCCCACUAGUCUUUCAAGCCUAAACCCUGCCAGCAAAGCCGCUUCUCCGAUCAAGCCUGGCUACCUUGCCACUGUCAUCACCAUGGCUGCUGGUUUUGCGUUGCUGCUUGCAUAG